CGACAACAAUGCCAUUAUUCGACAUACCACCGGCUCUCCUUGAAGAUGAAAAUACAAGUAUACUCACAUGAUUGCUAUGGAAAGUAUAAAAACAUGGCUGUUUGGAAAGCAGGAAAGUGCUGUGCAGGAAGCUAUGCCAUCCUUAUCAACAGCACAAGAGAAUAUGCUGCAGGGGGAGGAGAAAGACAAUAUGUGCAAAAAUCAAUCGAAAGGGACACCUACAAACUUAGAUAACAGUUUGUCUUCUUCCAUAGAUAGUCACAUUAAUCUCACUGGUACCAUAGAAACUGUUCCAGAACUACAAGAAAAUGUAAAUUUAGCGAAAGAUGCUGAGAACCACAAAGUUUUUAGGACAUCGUUAUUAACUAUUUGCUUUUUUAGUGUUUACAAACACACUGCUUAUGCUACACGUAAGCUUGGAAUUACCCACCGUCACUUGAAGGCUCUGAAAACUCUCUUCGUUGGAGUCUGGAGUCAUUAUAUGCUACUGGAGUAUUACCUGCCUUCAAUUGUGAAAUAUGGGCCUGAUGGUGAGAUACUACCACAAGAUGUUGAUGCAUCAAUGAAAUACCUUACUGAUAAAAUAAAAAGUGUUAACAUCAAUGGAAACAACAUAAGGAAAUCUGUUGUUGAAUCCGAAAAGUCAUUGCAGACAGAUCAUGGACAUCAAGAAUCAUAGCAAAGAUGACUUUUAGUGUUUAAUCUAUGAUUUUAACCUUUUUACCUUUUGCAGUUGUUAAAACUAUUAACACUUUUGUACAUACAUGCAUAAUUUAUAAUAAUACUAAGGAAUUCAACUACUGAGGUUGUUCAAAUCCUGCUAAUUGAGUCGUGAUUGACUCUUGGGCGUAUUCUUUCUCUAUGGACAUUUUGAAAAUGCACUUCAAAGUUCUUCUUGAUCCAAACUACAGGACAUAAUGCUUUGAAAACAACAUUUGGUAUGACUUUAUUCAUUGUAGCGUCAUCUUAAUUUGUUUAAAAUAAGCCGUUGCCUUGGGCACAUUUUUACCAUAUUGACAUGUUACAAAGAACUUCAAAACUAUAAUUGACAGAAAACAAAAGGCAUAAUGUCCAGAUAAUAAAUGUUGGUAUGUAGCAUCAUUCAGCUGAUAUCAUUUUCCAAUUGUGUUUGUAUGUCUCUCCUUGGGUCAGAGGUAGCCCAACUGUGGGCCACAUUCUCUACAUGGACAUGUUUCAGUACACAGAUUAAAUUAUGACUAUUUUUAACAUGAUGUUAGAUAUCUUUCAAAGCAUUCCUUACAGGUAUAAAAUGACAUUUCUUAAACAUUGGUUUAAUGUGUUAAAAUAAUGUGAGCAAUGUGGACUGACACGAACAUGGCUAUACGACACAUGAGUGGAUGGUAGGGCUGAAUUGGAAAGUAAGAUAUGAUAAACACAUGUGAUGUUGUCGUUGAUAUUUGUAUGUAUAUAUACAUGAUGCC